ACUUCCAGUCAGGGUUGUCACACAUUUGCACUUGAUCGCGCACAGACACAAGCAUCCAAGCAGAAACACACACAGACACACACGGACACUAGUUGCUGACAUGCUCGUCGAACACAAGCCAUAACCGCUGCUUUGAUGGAGAUAAGGUGACGUAGAAGAAACACAAACUCACUUAUUCCUGAUUUUCACACACAAGAGCACACGGCAGCCAGCUCCUCUCCGAACUCAAAGAUGAAUUCCACGGUGGCCCUGAAUUCCACGGUGGCCCUGAAUUCCACGGUGGCCCUGAAUUCCACGGUGGCCCUGAAUUCCACGGUGGCCCUGAAUCCCAAGGAACCUGAUGAUCACCAUCCAAUCCUUGUGGGCAUCAACGUUGUUGUUCUGGUGAGCGGCACCUUCAGCCUGAGCCUGAUGAUGCACAUCCUGAAGUCCAGCUCCACAUCCAUCACCUCCAUCGCUGUCCUCAACCUCAUCUUCACCCACUUCAUCUUCCUCGUCACCGUGCCCUUCAGGAUUUACUAUUACGUGACCAGUAGCUGGAGCCUGGGCCGGAGCUGGUGUAAGGUGGUCAGCAGCAUAAUCCACGUCCACAUGUACAUGUCUUUCCUCUUCUACGUGAUCAUCCUUGUCACGCGCCUCCUGGCGUUCUACCGCAAGGCCGAGCAGCUAGCCUCUUUCCACAGCAUCCACGCGCUCCUGUUCAGCGCGGGGUUGUGGCUGACGGUGUUCAUCGUAGUCCCGGUGACCGUCUGUUUUUCCUACGGUCAAACCAACACCACCGGAGGAAAUGAAACGACAUGUUUUGAUUUCGGCAAAAACAUACACAACCAGACCGGUGCCACUGCGAUCAAUUUCAUCGUGAGCGUGCUGAUCAUAGUGGUGGCUACCGUGCUGACGGCCCUCCAAGCAAACGCCCUGAGGGGUUUGUACAGGAAGCAUCGGCAGGGAUGCACCUAUCAGCAGGGCUUCGGGGCUCAGCUGAAGAGCCUGUGCUUCGCCCUCAUCAUGGUGGCCUGCCUUGUGCCCUACCAAAUAUUUCGACUCAUUUACUUGACAGACGAAAGUCUGGAGCACGUCAACGAGGUGUUUCUGAGUCUGACCACCUUCAACUGUUUGGACAUGCUCACUUUCCUGGGAAAGAGACCCUGCUAUAGAUGUGCUUGUUGAAAAUGGCUGUUUGACCUUCUUUAUGGUAACUUGAAUAUACGUCACGCCUUGAGAGCUACAUCCAGCACUUCAGGUCGUUCUCCUUACGAUGUGUUUUUCUUCUGUAAAGUUGGUUUCAAUUAGUUGUUGCUAUAAAAAGGGAGUGACGCGUCAUGGUUGACGAAUGAGGGACUUACGAUUGGUUGAUAACGCAGCUUCCUCCCCCUAUCGCCACACUGCGCAGACUCUGGCUCCGAGUGAUGUCAUCACUGCAGAAUAGAAGCGUUCAUCGCAAUAUUUUUGCUUCAUUUCUGGAUAGUGGAAGGAAGUGGAGACACAUCAUCCAUGCUUUAAAUACAGGCUAUUCUCUGUGCACAGCCAAUGAAUCCAAUAAUGUGCUAUUUAAUAAAAAACAAUCGUGUAACUGCAGAUAAUGGUGCUGCACUUUUAGCUUUAAACGGCUUGUUGUUGUAAACGGUGUAAAGGAAUAUAUACAAAAAUAAAUAAAGUGUGUUUUCUGA